CAAACAAGAACUGAACCGGGCAUGAAUUUGAAAAUGUGAGGAAUUGCCAUCGGAAACCCUACGCAGUCGAUAAACGCAUAUAAAACCCAUCUUCUAUGCCUAUGCCUACGCUUGCCUUCAUCAUUCAUAAUCACAUUCAUCUUGUUUUUGUGAGCCAAUCACAUUCCUCCAAUUUCGGAAUGUGAGUUGCAGGAAUUUACGCUUAAAACAAGAAGAAGAAGAAGAAGAUAUAGAAAGAGAUUAUGGGGUUUCUUUCAAACAAAAUCGAAAGGAAUGAGAUCAAAGCAGGCGACCACAUCUACACUUACAGAGUCGUUUUUGCUUACUCUCACCAUGGCAUCUAUGUUGGAGACUGUGGAUUCAGACGACGUGGAAGUGGGGUUGUGAUUUCCUGCCUGAACUGCUUCCUCCAAAAUGGGGACCUCUACCGGUUUGAAUACGGUGUAAGCAAAGCUGAAUUCUUUGCCAAAGUACGAGGUGGCAGUUGCACGACUGCCACGUCAGAUGAUGAAGCGGAUACAGUCAUCCACAGAGCCAUGUAUCUGCUUCAUAAUGGAUUUGGGAACUACGAUGUGUUUAGGAACAACUGUGAGGACUUUGCUUUAUACUGCAAGACAGGGCUUUUGAUAGUUGAAAAGGAGGGUGGGUCUGGGUCUGGAAGAAGCGGACAGAUUUCAUCUGUAUUGGGUGUUCCGGUGGCGGCCAUUCUAUCGUCUCCCUUGAAAUUUGUGAUACCAACUCCGGUGGUUGUGACUGUCACAGCCGGCAUGUAUUGCAUCACCAGAUACGCAACUGAUAUUGGAGUUAGAGAUGAUGUUGUCAAGGUAAAUGUGGAGGAUUUACAACAAAAAUGA